AUGAGUACAGUUGGAAGUACUGAGAAUUCGUUAAAGUACGAAGCCCCCCGUCAUGGUCAUUUAGGUUUCGGUCCUCGUAAGAGAACCAGAUCACAUCGCGGUCGCGUUAAGGCGUACCCCAAGGAUAAUGCCAAACUCCCUGUUCAUUUAACUGCCUUCAUGGGUUAUAAGGCUGGUAUGACUCACAUUGUUCGUGAUCUCGAACGUCCUGGAUCCAAGAUGAACAAGAAGGAAAUUGUUGAAGCUGUUACAGUCCUUGAAGCUCCUCCCAUGGUCGUUGUUGGUAUGGUUGGUUAUGUUGAAACUCCUCGUGGCCUCCGUUCUUUAACUACUGUUUGGGCUGAACAUCUUUCUGAAGAGGCUAAGCGUCGCUUCUACAAGAACUGGUAUCGUUCUAAGAAGAAGGCCUUCACCAAGUAUGCUCAAAAAUAUGCUGAAGGUGCUAAGGAUAUUAACCGUGAAACUGAACGUAUCAAGAAAUACUGUUCCGUUGUCCGUGUUAUUGCUCAUACUCAAAUUUCUAAGGCUAAAAUCCAUCAACGUAAGGCACAUAUCAUGGAAAUUCAAUUGAACGGUGGUUCUGUUGCUGAUAAGGUUGAAUGGGCUCGUGAGCACUUUGAAAAAGAAAUUACUGUUGGCUCUGUUUUCGAACAAGAUGAAAUGAUUGAUAUAAUCGCUACUACCAAGGGUCAUGGUUUUGAAGGUGUCACUCAUCGUUGGGGUACCAAGAAAUUACCUCGUAAGACUCAUCGUGGUCUUCGUAAGGUUGCUUGUAUUGGUGCCUGGCAUCCCAGCAGAGUUAUGUACUCAGUUGCUCGUGCUGGUCAACGUGGUUAUCACCGCCGUACUGAGAUUAACAAGAAGAUCUACCGUAUCGCCAACGGUUCUGACGCUAAGUCAGGUUCUACUGAAUACGAUUUGACUGAAAAGAAGAUUACUCCCAUGGGUGGCUUCCCUCACUAUGGUGAAAUCAAUGAAGAUUUCGUCAUGAUCAAGGGUUGUUGUGCUGGUGCCAAGAAGCGUGUUAUCACUCUUCGUAAAUCUUUAACAGUGCAUACCAAGCGUUCUGCUUUGGAAAAGGUUUCUCUCAAAUUUAUCGACACCUCCUCCAAGUUCGGUCAUGGUCGCUUCCAAACUCCUGCCGAAAAGCAUCAGUUCAUGGGUACUCUCAAGAAGGAUCUCUAA